CUUGGCGCCUGGCCGGGGGGGUUGGUGUUUAUUAACUGCAGGGAAUACUUUGUAGAAACGUUUGGCGGUUAAUUUCUGAGUUUACAAUUUUCUUGAUUGUUUGGUUGUUACAUAUUUGUAACAUAUGAUGCCGUUACUACAGGAGUUGCUUCGAAGUAGUGAAAAUUUCGAUCGUUGUACAUAUCAAUGACUGCUUUGUGACAGCCUUGCCGUGCUGCAAAAAUGGCUGCCUUGUGAUAUAAUGUAUACUAUUAUUAAAUUAACUUAUUGGCCAAAUAUUUUCACAUUUUCAAGAAGUAUUUGCAUGUUGAAGUGUGUGUUUCGUUAGUAAGACUUUUUUUUUCUCCAAGCUUUUGUUCGGAAAUGGAGUCCGAAGAAAAAAUGCGAAUCUCGGAUCAUGUUAAACAAGAAAUCGGAGAAAGUUCAGGCUGCUCAGAUGAAACCUUUGCGAUGCCGAGUGACAAUCCCGUCGCUGAUGUGCAGACGGAGAAUAACGAAGAUGCCACGCAGAGUCCGACCACGGGGGAAGAGCCCCAAGUUAACCCAUGGACGUGCGUCAAGUGUGUAUUUUGUAACCAGUCGUUGUGCUCCGGAGACAAUCCGAAACUCAUGGAAUGCCUUCACACUGCGUGCUCAUCGUGUAUCACCUCGAAAUUAAACGAACAGUUGGAUGGCGAAAUUGUUGAGAACAACGUGGUGGUGUGCCCCACGUGCCGAGUGCACUGCCACGCCUCCAACCUCAUAGAGAACCAGUUCCUGCUGGAGGCGGGCGCGGCAGGGGGGGACGGCGGCGGCGGGGCGGACAAGCCCGGCGACCUCAAGUGCACCACCUGCCCCGAGGGCCCGCCGGCCACCAGCUGGUGCGUGCAGUGCGCCGAGUUCAUCUGCGACGGCUGCGUCGAGGCCCAUCAGCGUUUCAAGAUCACGAAGGAACACACGAUAAAACCCAAAGAAGAGGCUGACGCCGAGGGCCAGUCCUCUACCACCAGCCUGGUGGCCAAGAGCUUGCACUGCUCGCUGCAUCUCCAGGAGACGCUGUCGCUGUUCUGCGAGACGUGCGACCGGCUGACGUGCCGCGACUGCCAGCUGUCGGACCACCGCGACCACAAGUACAAGUUCAUCCACGAGAUCGCGGAGGAGACGAAGAGCGUGAUCGGCGGCCUGCUGUCGGAGGUGAGCUACAAGCGCGUGCUGCUCACCAGCGCCAUGAAGGUGAUCGACGACCGCCAGAACCUCAUCGCGGACAAGAAGAAGGCGCUGGUCAAGGACAUCACGCAGAUGGUGGUCAAGCUGACCAACGCCAUCACGGUGCGCGGCAAGCAGCUGGUGCUGCAGCUGAACGAGGUGUGCGAGGCGAAGCACAAGACGCUCAAGGAGAAGAAGAUGGCGCUGGAGCAGUUGUCCAACCUCACCGACCACUGCAUCGAGUUCGUCAACAACGCGCUGAGCCGGGGCAGCGACAUGGCGCUGCUCUACAGCAAGAGGACUGUUACUCACCACCUUCAAAGGAUCAAGAGCAGAAGGGCCGACAUUCCUAACCCAGAGAUCCCAGUUCGAAUUGGGUUGAUACUGGACAAAGUUCCUGACCUCUUGAAAGUGGUGUCCGGGAUCGGCAGCGUGGUGGUGGACGGGCGGCCCUACUCGUCGCUGCAGCAGCAGCAGCAGCAGCAUCAGCAGCCGCAGGCGACGCCCCCGCCGGCCCAGCCCCAGCCCCAGCCCCUGCCCCCGCCCCCGUACCCCCAGCAAGCGGCGGGGCGCGCUCCGUGUGGGGGCGUGCUGACGCCCCCCGCCCCACCGCUGGUGCCCGUUCAGCAGCAGCAGCAGCAGCAGCAGCAGCGAGUGUCCCCCCACCCCCAGCAGCAGCGUGUGUCCCCCCACCCCCACCCCCAGCAGCAGCAGCUGGCGCACCAGGGGGUGGCGGGGGGGAGCCUCGGCGCGGCGAGGACACUCCCCGUCGCGCGCCACCCCGGCUUCGCCCAGCACCUGCACCACCAGCAGGUGACGUCCUCCACCCACCCGCACACCCUGGGCGUGGACGCGACCACGGCCAACCUGCGCGGCCUGCUGUCCCACCACCAGAUGCAGGCGGCCGCGGCCGCCGCUGCGUUCCCCGCGGCCGCCCCGCUCGUGCGCGUCGGCGCGGCCGGGUACCGCCUGCCCCAGGCCGCCACCGGCGCGGGGGGGUACCCCCCCGUGGCGCUGGCCCCGCCCCCGCCGCGGUACACCCUCCAGCAGCAGCAGCACCUGUACCAGCUGCAGAGGCAGCACCACGCGGCGUACGGGCGCGGCCAGGCGCAGUCCCAGUCCCCGCACACCUCCAACCACCUCCUGCAGCAGCAGCAGCAGCAGCAGCAGCAGCAGCAGCAGCAGCUGCAGCUGCAGUGGCACAUCCCCCAGCAGUCAGGCGGCGCGCUCAACGGCGGAGGCGUGGCGGCCGCCCACCAGCGGGCGCCCCCGCCCCAGAACCCGCAGGUGGACGAGUCUUUCAGGAUCACCCUGAAGACCCAGAGCCACCCGCAGGCCGGCGCGGGCCAGCACGGCCGGGCGGCCGCGGGGCACGUCACGGUCACAUCGUCAGUGCCAAAGACGCCCAGCCCUAGCCACGCACGCACCGAAGACACCGAGAAGAGCCUCGACAAGUUCUGCCAGGAGUCUGUGAACGACCUGAUGGCGACCAUAGCAAAGCUGGACCGCAACGGUAUAGAGGUUGUGCCGGAAGGCCAGAAGAACGGGGACUCCCCUCUGGUGGACAGCUCGACGGGUCUGGACGACGUGAUGGGCGACCCCAACUCCCUGGCCCUCCGCACAGCGCCCGCCGCCGUGGACGACGGGGACAAGAGCGGGAGCAACGAGUCCCAGAAGGACGACCCCAACGAGGACUGGUGCGCGGUGUGCAUGGACGGCGGGGAGGUGGUGGUGUGCUGCGACAAGUGCCCCAAGGUGUUCCACACCUUCUGCCACAUCCCCAAGCUGAGCAGCAUACCCGACGAGAACGAGACGUGGCAGUGCCUGCUGUGCACGAGCGCGCGGGAGAUCCUGAACGCGCCCAGCCCCGGCCCGGGCGAGCGACGUCCGCGCGGCCUCGGCAGGGACCAGCGGCUGGCGGAGCGGAUCGUGCUGGAGCUGUACUGCCAGUACGAGCCAAGCCUGCACUUCCGGGAGGUCGUCAGCCCGGAGGUCAAGGAAUAUCACAGCAUUAUCAAGAAGCCAAUGUCGUUGGAUAUAAUCCGUCGUAAGCUAGAUCCCAAUGACCCGGAGCAUUACUCAAACAUCCGUGAAUUGAUAGCAGACAUAAGACUUAUCUUCAAGAACGCGUACCUCUUCAAUCCUAAGGACAGCCAGGUGCACCAGGACGCCAAGACGCUGGAGGAGUUCUUCGACAGCCUGCUGGAGAAGUGGCUGCCCGCGUACGCCUACGACGUGGGGGCGGGCUCCGACGAGGACGGCGCGGGGCACCCACCCCAGAAGAAGUACCGCCGCAUCCUGUCCGAGUGACCCGGGGCCCGCGAGGGGGGGACCCCAACCCCCGCCAGCCAGAUCGCGCCGUAGCACGGCUUCCGGCGCGUGCAGUGUGUCUACAGACCCAGUCCAGGUCACCGAAAUGUCUGAAUCAAACGGUAUUUGCCCCUAAAUGCGCAUCAUGCUAAUUUUCAGAUGGGCAAAAAAAAUUUUUUUACCCCCAUCAAGAUUACAACUUUUCCUACAGCUUAAUUUCAGUUUAAAUACCAUCUGUGUAUGUAGACCAAUGUUUUUAACCUUCAAACUAAUAUGGAUCAACAAAAUUAAAUGCCUUUGCGAUUAAAAUUAUUAUUAUUAUUUAUUUAGAUCCCGUCCGGAUUAACCGGAUGAUCGAAAGAGCGGGGUCCGGAUUAACGGGACUCUGCCAAUCUGGAGGACUUUCCACGCUAGUCAUGAAAAAUUGCGGUAAUAAAACACCAACUGUGUUGGAAGUUGCGAAACUUUUUUUUUUUCCGCCUGGCUUCAGUUUGUAGCCGCAUCAAAAAUAAAUAGUUGGACUGUCCCCUUAAAUCGUGUGAAAAUUAUGCUUGAAAAGGUUCAAACAUUCUCCCAUGAGAAUUGGUUCGUUCCUGGGGAAAGUAUGUAUAUUUAAUAUUUUGUUUAGUUUUGCUUAGAAUAUAUACUAAAAGUGACAUCGUUACAUAAAAAAUGUUCAACGAGGAUGAUAUUAGGGGUCCUGAUAAAGACCUGAAAUUGGUUGACCAUGUGUUUGUAGACAUUCUGUAUUAGCAUGAGGCUCUUAUGUAUCAAACUGUGCAGGAUCUGGGGUCCAACACUUGUGUGCCGAUGUGAGUGUACAAUAGAACUUCGUCUGUACGUAGCCGCUCGACAUCAAGGAUGUGAACUUUGCAUUGCAUGGCUACAAAUUAUUUAUUUCUGAUGUUGCUGGAAAAUCAUCUUUAGUCAACAACUCUCACGACAGGGUGUUUGUAUUAAUUUUCAGAUUUCCGUAGAUAUGGAGUUUAAGAACAUUUUAAGCACUUAGCAACAGCAAAGGAAAUUUUGUGAUGGUUAUCACUUCCAGUAUAACUGUAUGCAUUGUCAUUAUUUAUUAUUCAUUAGUUAUUCUUGAUUGCUAUAUGUGUAUGAAUAUGACCAUUCUUGUUAUAAUGAGGUUGCACUAUAUCUACCACAAACUGCGAAUGAGCUCCGUUAAAUGUUUGAUAGGGAAGGUUUCAACUGUCUGGCAGUUGCAGUGAUACAGCAGAAGGCCAGCUCUUUUUGUGAGUGAAUGAAUUAAUUAAAUUUUUUUUGUACGCCUUCAUUUUUUUUGCAUAGUACCAUCACUGAUUGUGAAUUAGUAAUUUGUAUAUUUAUUAUUCGUUGGGGCAUUAAUGAAAAACAUAAAUGAGCUACCUAAUAAGGUUUUUAUUUCCGAGUUUUUAUUUUUUGUGGCCAACCUCAAGUUUUUCAUUCAUUCACCUUCGCUGAAAUAUCCGAUUUUCAUUGAAAUCAUUUAGUUACGUAUUUCUAACCGAGGUUUUUCCCCUUUCUGCAUGUCUACAGGUCAAGAAAGUGGGUGUAUAAGUAAUAGAACUGAAUGUUUGGUCACUGUAGAAAAGGUCUCAAAAUAAACUGUACCAUUGCUUGACAUUUCAAAAUUUUAAUUCCCAACAGCCUUUCACCAUUUUGCAUUUUGUUUUUUUAACACCACACUUUAGUUUAUAGACCCACUUUUAAUUUGAAUAAUUGGAGACAGUCCUCUUAAUUAUUUGUAAACUAUCUCUGAAAAUAUAUAAAUCAUCAUUUUCCUGUAAAUAGUAUAUCUAAAUAGUAUUAUGUUAAGUUAAAAAAAAAUUGUUUAAAAAUUACCCUGUAAUGUAUAAAAGUUGAGCGAAAAAAAUUAUUAUAAGGUCUUAAAGUCCUGAGAUUAGGUCACCAGGUACUUCUAGACAUCCUGUUCUUUCAAUUUUCCCUUGUGAGUCUCUAUCACUCACUGCUUUAAUUGAGUCACAAGUUCUAUGAUUCUAACUUUUUUUGUUUCCAGUUUUGUUGAAUCACUGUGUUAAAAGACUGAAGCAAAUAAAAUUAUGAAACCUGUUAAGUUUGUUAAAAAGCUUCUUUUUUUUUUUCAGGCAGUGUUGGUGAGAAAUGGGUUUCCUUUUCUCUCAACCUCGUGGAUGGAAUCUCUUUUUUAAAAUUAUUAGCAGCAGCUUUAGCGGUGUGUUGGUUAUUACUGUGUUUCGUUUCAUUUUUCUCACUCCAUUAUCUUUGUUCUACCACUCUCAUACAAAGAUUUCUUAGCAUUAAGAUCUUUGCUAGGACAGAGAUGGUUGUAUUGGAAUGUACUCCAGUUUAUGGGUUGCACCUGCCUAUAUCUGACUGGCAUGAAAGAAAUACAGCACUGAUCUUUGGUUUACUCGCUCUCAGCCACUUCUCAUAUUUACGACCCUUUAAUUCCCAGCACUACCGAAGAAAAAUACAAAGAAGAAGACUGCUAUUUUUUAUACCCCUGUUUCUCUUUGGCUUCCCCCCCCCCCUUUUUUCUUCUUCUUCUUCUUCUUCUUCCCCACAGAGAGAGAAGAAGCGGCAGGUUACUCUUUGUCAGUUCCUUCCAUAGAAACUAGAGCACUCACGUUACCGCGAGGCUGGAGGAAUAUAAAAGGCGCACUUAUGAACACCAACUAUGGCUGCAGUUUUUUCACGGAAUUUUCAGUUGAAAACGUGGGAAAUCACAUGCGAAAACAUAUCAUGUUUGGGCACAGUUGCGCCAUAAAAACACGUGUCAAGAUAGACACGUUAGUUGUGUAGGGAGCCAGUUCGCAGGGGACAUUUACAACGAUGAGCGGAAGGGGGGAACCGUCAACACUGCCACAUGGCCUCAUGCACACGCUCUUGCUCUCUCUCUCUCUCUCUCUCUCUCUCUCUCUCUCUCUCUCUCUCUCUCUCUCUCUCUCUCUCGCUGGCUGGUUCAUGUUUAGAUUUACCCCUCCCCACCCUGUCCGUGCAGUUCACACACAUCCCUUGCCGGCAUCAACUGGGCGGGCGGAAGACAUGUCAGAUGUACGAUAACCUUGCUCUCACACUACUGCUGAGAUAUUUGGAUUAACGAAUUAUACUUACAUGUGGAUUAAUAUUUAUUAAAAAAUAAACAUAGUUUGGUUAUUUACGCACAUAUUCAACCACACAGUGCAAUAUAUACAUUUAUUUUUUUAGCCUAGAGUGAAAAACUCGCAUAAGGGUAGCACUAGGUUUUUUUAAAUCAAAAUUGGCAUAAAAAUGUGUGACCCGUUCACUGGUAAAUACUGUAUAACAACCCUCCAUGUCAGGGUACUUUUAUUCAACAAUAUUGGGAUUUAAUAAUCUUGAUUAAAAAUAAAUGUUUUACAAUUAUUCGCUGCAGGUCACGAAGAUCAUGAUAUAGGUAUGCACAGAGUGGGGCAAAAAGUGGUUAUCGGUUUGUAAGGACUAUUAAAAAUAAACAGAGCAAACUUACAGAAAUGAAGUUUAUUUUAUUGUAAUCAAAGUACCCUUUUUCUCUUCCCCCCCCCCCCCCUCCACCUUAAGUUCUGAAGAUCACAUCAGGAAAAUGGUGGCCAUCAGCAGCGAUGCAUUGAUUAGGGUGAUUUUGGAACUCUUUUGACCACUUUUCGGCACAUUUUGAGGGGUGCAUCUGUGAUUUCCUCCCGAAUUUGCAUCUUCAUUUCUCCCCAAGUGUGAGGACCAUGUUUAGAAACCUUUUCCUUGAGGUUACCCCACAGGAAAAAGUCACAAAUGCUCAAAUGCAGGGCCCGCUGUGACCGGAUUUAAGCGAUUUGAGACUUCUUCUUGUGGGGUUACCUCAAGGAAAAGGUCUUCAAACAUCGUCCUCAAACCUUGGAAGAACUGAAGGUGCGAAUUUGGGAUUAAAUCACCACUACACCCCUCAAAAUAUGCCGAAAAGCGGUCGAAGAGUUCCGAAAUCACCUUCAUCAAUUCAUCGCUGUUGAUGGCCUCAUGUGAUCUUCAGAACGUUAUAAAAAAAAUGUAUACUUAUUCCAAUCAAAUAAACAUCAUUUCUGUAAGGUUCUCCAUUCAUUUUUGAUAGCCCUUCAAAACCAAUACACAACUUUUACCCCACACUGUAGUUCCAAAAUUAUGUUGUGUUGCUGGAAGUAAAGAAACUUAAAUUUCAAGAAUUCUUUUUGGUUAUUUGUAUUCCUCACUUUCCAUUUAUUGUUCGGCAUUAAAAAUUAACUUUAACUCGUGAAAAAAAAAAAAAUACCAUGUUUGUAGUGAGGAAUUUACAUUACGUACCAGCUUAAAAGUUUGGUAAAACCCACUUUAGAUGAUGCCUAUUCCUGCCUUUUAUGCUGUAAGGUCUAUCGCUGUUCGUCUGCAAGUACCUACUGGCUGGUAUCUGUUGAUACACACACAUACAUAUACACACAAAGGAAAAAAUACAUUUGCUUUGCAAAAAAAAAUGAGGGGGGGGGGGGGGGGAAGAGAAAGAGAGAAAGUGUGAACGUGAUAGAGGGAGAGACUUUCUUCAAACACCAGCGUGGGAAAAAUUUUCUUACUUUAUUAUUAUUAUUAUUAUUAUUAUUAUUAUUAUUAUUAACGUCUUUGGCAGGUUACGAGCUGCUAGGUAGCAAAGGAUGAAAUGCAAGACAGGCACUACUCUAAUAAGUGAGCAUGUAGUGUAACUGGUAGACACCCGGAAAAAUCGCUACUCACGAAUUUGCAACAAAUUACGAAACACUUCAAAAAACAGUCGGAAAUGUCUUUUGAUGAAAGUUAAAUAAUUUUUGAAAUGUGUUAAACUCACAAAUUACUUGUGAAUUUCUUUGUUAAUUAUUGUAUUCAUGAAUUUUCUUAACUAUUUGCAAAUAUCUGCAAAUUUUUAGUUACUCUUUUUUUUUUUUUUUCCCUGUUAAUCAUGAAACUAUCUAUGGUAUGUCCGAACCAUUUAUGUGGUUCAUUGUGUCAGACAUAAUUGUACACUUCAUGUGCUUCAGUGUUACAAAUUAUCGUAUGCUGUACCCCGAAUUAUGGAAUGUUAUAGCAGAAGAUUAUUACCGUAAUGGUAGCGCCUGCAGGGCAGAGGGAGGCAGAGAUGAUAUUCAUCUUGGUUUCAGGCAACUAGCAUUUGAAAAAUAUAUCACUAGUUCACAGUGCUUUUAUCUUAAAGAAACCUGUCAAAGUCAUUAAAACCUGAAGUAGCUUGGCUUCUGGGUUGUAGCGUGCCCUUGGCAAAUUAUUCACCGACGUUUCGGUAGACAUUGCAGUCGCCAUCAUCAGGGAGCAGUUACCUAGUAGCAGUUACCCAGUAGGCAACUGCUCCCUGAUGACGACUGCAAUGUCUACUAAAACGUCGGUGAAUUAUUUGCCAAGGACAUGGCUACAACCUAGAGGCCAAGCUACUUCAGACAAUGGCCGUGAAUGCCUGCGAACAUCAUCAAAACCUGUUGGAUAAUCAACGAGAUAUUUAAAUUAUUGUGCAUGGCAGAAGCCACCUACAGGCAGGCAGCAAAGAUAACCAAGUACUCAGAGGUUGUUCUGAGUGCUGAUACAGCACUCAAAACAAAAACUUCCCUUGUCCUGUCCACUCACCAUCGCUCUGACAUUCCUCCAGCGCUGUCCGGCCGAGUUCUUUAAUCACUCACAACCCCAUCUCCGAUAGGACGUGUUUCCCUUCGUGACAAUGCUGUUCACGCCAGCCAACAAAAUUUUUCCCAGCCACAGAUUUCGAAGACAAACGCCGGCGGUAAUAAUUCCAAUAUACCGAAGGGUUGGGUUUUGCAAGACAAAGUGUCCAUUAUUUAAAGUAUAUAAGUAUCUUCUUUCUUUAUUAAACACACACUAAAAUUAACUUCUCUGAAAAUAAUUCAAAGUCUAACUAUCCUAAACUGUUGAUAGCAUGUUGCAAAUAAAAAUCAAUAUAAGUAGGAAUAACCUAUUUUUGUUUAUUUUAUUAUAUUGUAUAAAUGCUCUUAACCCUUGAUUUGGUGUACUUGUCAUUUUAACUGAAGAAAUUUAUUUUCUAAGAAUUUUGAGAUUUUCUGUUUGAGACAUUUCUGUUUCUAGUAACUGGGAUUGGAUUAACUCGCCACGCUCCCGUUAGUUUGAACCGUUCGAGGUGUUGCCGUAAACGGGGCAAUAGAGAACUGGCGUUUUCCGUGCCUUAAGGGAACAAGGAUGGCUCACGCUGAGGAAAUAUUGUAGGUGCGGUUGUAUGAAACAAGUUUUGGUGUCCACGACUCUUUCAAGCCGUUGGCAUUUUUGAGGACUAAAACGGGAAUGUUUCCCUCGAAAUAAGGAAAUUGUUUCUUUUCAAAAAAUUUUAAGAUAUUUCGGCAUAAUUUUUUUCCCCCAAAAAGAAAAAACUGGAAAUUUUUUGUAGUUUUUGAGCAAAUUUUGAAGUUCAAGGUCAUCCAAUAUGGCCGCCCCGAUGUCAUAAUCCAAUAUGGCGGACAUCAGCACCGGCACCAACAACUCCAGGCUCAGGAGGAACUAUUAUACACCAUCUUGGGAGAGUUAAGCUGGGUUUAUGAUUGAUUUCCUUAAGAAUUAUAACUUAACAUUGAGCACACGAUUAAGUCAAAACUACAUUUUCCAGUUUAUGAUUGACAUAGAAGUCAUUAAUUCUAACCAAUCACAGCACAAAACACGUGGUCGGCCAUUGUUCGAAACGGAGAAGCAGGUUUGAAAUAGGUUAUUGACAAAUGGGAUAUCUAUUUUUCGAAAUGGAUGAUGAUUACAAAUGAUAAAUAUACGAAUUCUAACCCAAAAUACUGCCUCGCUCGGUCCAAUAAUAAGACAUAAACUUCCGGUUGAAAGGUUCCGGUUUGUUGUGAUUGGUCGCUUCCCUUAAGUCUUAACGAAAAAUAAAAAAUAUAACCAUUUCUGUUAAGUCUUAAGUCAUCAUAUGGUUCGCACAUGACCCGUCAAAAUUCACACACGACAAUCAUAAACAAUUCCACAAGUUUACAUAGUCAUAUGGUAAGUACACGACUAAGUCUUAAGUCUUAAUUCAUAAUUUUCAAUCGUAAACCCACCUUUAUGUUGAGAGGUAGCUGACUGCUACUAACUGUUGAGAACAUGUAAUCUUUGUUUUCUUAGGCUCUGGCACAUGUAGUACAAUUGAGAUGGUUGAUGUUUGUAGGGAUAUUAUUAUCCCUGGAGUAAGAGGUAAAGGACCAGUCAUGUGAGUGCAAACUAAUACAAGACCUAAAUAUUAUAGAAACCGGGAGAAAAAUUAUCAUAGUUUUUUUUUUCUGUUUUGUGGAUGGUUUUUUAAAGAAUAAAUUGUUGUCAGAACAACACCUACUGAAAAAUGCUUCAAAUGCAUUUUAUAGUAGGGUAUUUGUCAUAUUGUAAAUUUGUCAUUUUACAUGGACACCAAUAAAUAUUUAGAAUUACAGUAAGUCCUCUAUUUACGUCGUACCGAUUUACGUCGUUUCGGAUUAACGUCGCUAAUGUUUGAGUACUCAUGUUUCAAUUUAAGUUGUCGCCGAUUCACAAAAACGUCGUUUACAAUGACCGUAAAUCUUUAUUUUAACCAAAACACCGUAUAUAAUUCGUUUAUAAUUUUUUGUUUUCUUCGGUAGUUAACUUAUGCUAUGUAGCGUAAGCUACACGUUCACCGCCUUAUCUUAUGAUACAUCAUGAGGGACGCUUCCUGCUCUCCGCUGCUCUCCGCGCGGUGAUGCAAUACUACCAGCCCGCCCGCUCGGCCACCCACGUAUCUCGCACGUAGAAGUGUUAUCUACUUCCCGCAACGACACAGCAUUUUCUCCUACCCAUUCCGGCCGACCUUGGGCCGUGGCCGGCCGGUGGCAUGAAACAUGGCUCAUUUUGCGUCGUUUCUAUUUACGUCGCGGUUUUCAGGAACGUAACCCCGACGUAAACCGAGGACUUACUGUAUUAACAAAGGAGCGUUCUUAAAAGGGUUAUCUUGUCCAGUGACCUCUGUGUUAACAAGACUCUGAUACAUUUCCAUUCCAUGUAAAAGGUUGUAUGAAAUAUGUUCUUUGGGUGAAGGUCUUCGUGCCUUGUGGCAAAACGUAUUUGCAACCUUCGAAAACCAAAUUGCAGUGCAAAGUUCGACUGUGCGCGUGGGAUAUGUCUACUUGCCUGUGCCCCUAUUCAUACGCUUUAAUUUUGUUUUGAGUUAAGUUUGGAUCUGAAAAAUAUAUAUAAUGAAAUACCUAUUCUUGUUUCUGCAUGUUGCUUUGUAUGUAUGUGCUUUGUUGUUAAGUAUUAACUGAUAACUCCUUGUCAGUUUAGAAUUACGCUUUCAUAAAAUGUUUUGGAAUAAAUUGUUGGUUGAAUAAAUAUUCAGUCUGAUUUCUUCGCUGUACAAAUCUACUUUUAGGAAUAUUAUAUUUGUAGACCUGUUUUUCCUUUGCUGUGAGUUUUGUUACUUUUAAGUAUAUUCUGUGUAAGUUAAGUACAUAGGUUCAAAGUAUGUAUGGGUAGUGUAUAUUUGUACUGGCAUGACUCUCUUGAUCGUUUUAUUUGUCCGUAUGUGUAUAUACACGCAAACUAUUUAGGGAUUCAGUACUAAAUAAGUUUAUCACUAGCGUUAUAGCGUAGUGACAAACUAUAAUGCAUCCUCUACUUUACUCAUUUAUUGUGUAGGUAAUCUAGUCUAAUUAAUCUGAUUAUCAACUGUGGAAUACAAGUAAUACGUAAAUAAACAUAGAUAGUUCUGUCUUUGUGCUAGGAUGUAAGGAAUUUCAGAAUGUGUAAGUACUUGAUGUAGGAACAUAAAAAUUGUUGAGGUAUUGGAAGGUCUGUUUACUGUCUUAUUUUUUUUAUUAUUAUUAUUUAUAUAUUUUUCCCUGUAAGUGUGUUUUUCUGUUACUCUAGUACCAUAUUUACUUCCGCAAGUUGUAUAGCUUUGUGACAUUGAACUGUCAUCCGGUUGGUAAUUCCUUUAUCACAGGUUUUGUGCUGUUAUAGACAUCAGGAAUAUUAUUUGUAAUUUUUUUUAGGCCUGUGCUAAUGUCAGUUUUUUUAGUUUGAAUCUAAUUUGAAUGCAAAUAUUAAAGUAUUCACAAAUAUGAAAAUGGAAUUAGUAUGAUAAGAGUGGGGAAGUCACCCUCCCCCUCCCCCCAAGCAGCCAACCACCCCCCCCCCACCCCUUUUUUUAAUAUAUAUAAAAAAGGGUUAUCUUACAAAAAACUUAAACUUGUCUAUAAAUUAAUUAUGUCUUCUUUCUUUUCUCAAUAUUUGCAAACUGCUUAUUGUCUGCUUUCAAUGUUCUCAACCCCUCAGAUAAUAUCUGUAUUUCAGAUUGCCCCUCAGUUUGAACUUCAGCACUAUGCCAAUGUCCAAAUAAACUCUGGGUGAUUAUGUAGUUGGUUAGUUGGUUGGGUCCCGUAAUGUAUUGAAACUGGGAUGUGUGAUAUUAGGCAACAAUGGCUACAUCAGUUUUGAUUAUUACACAAAGUGGUAUGAAACAGCUUGAUAGCACUUUGAAUACAGAUGAAUAUUAUGUUAUUUGGAAGUUAAAGUAAUUUGAAUUGAAUUGAAUAGUAGAAAUUAAUAAUUAUUAAUUUUGAUAUUUCAAACUUUUGAUUUUUGCGCAGGCCUUUUUUGUUUUUAAACUUAUUCUGUGUGAAGUCAUAACUAAUCAAAUAAUAUUCCAUAUAUGUAAUUAAAAUUAUUGUUGGUCAUACACUUGACACUGCUGUGAAUUAGUAAACUUUGUGUUCACGGUGGAAUCCCAUUGGUACAUUCUGGUAAAAUUGUUCUUCAGUUCUCUACUUUGGUUGAGCAUGCUCCGUGUUUUCUUUCAUGUUAAGACCUUACUUAAAAAAAUUUUAAUGAAACCAUGUUAUAACCACUUGACUUGUUUUAACAACAUGAUUUUUUUGUGAAUUUGAAAAAGAUUUUUUUUUUCUGUAACUGUCAGUCUAAUUUUUUACAAAAACUUGCCUGUAAGAGAUUAACGUGGUAAUGCAAAAACAGCGCACCUAGCAACCAAAAGUGUUACUUGUGCCAAACUCACCCAUAAGAAAAACAGUUUUCUUCCUAACCUGUAGUAGAAUAAUAAACCUUAAGUCAUGUUAAUUUUUUUUUAAAAAUUGGUGCACUGACAUCAUUUUUUGUAAGCUAAAAAAAAAAUUUUGAUAUGUAAGCUUUGGAGCAUUCAUAUUAACUGGGGGAAAAAAGUAUGUCUAGAAGGAUAUUGAGAGAAAAUUAUAAAUGCCAUUUAACUGUAAACUCUGGGAAAAGUCAGCGAAGUUGGUUUUGGUGAUGAAAACUCAAGGAAUUUACAAGAAAUCCUGGAAAAGUCAUGAAAAUUCCCCACAGAUAGUAAUUGGAGGGGGAAAAUGCCAUGCUUCAGUCUAACAUAACUUAGGCUGUGAAAGAUUUUUUUUUUUCUAUAAAAUAGCAUAUACAUGGUUCUGUUUAGAAUUUAAAUUUUGUUGUACAAUUGUAGUUUCAAAUUAAGUAUGAUGAUUAUAAUCAUGAAAUAAGUAAAUUAUUUUUUAAAAAAUUAAAGAAAUAUUUAAAUUUUUAGUCAUUAAAAGUUAGAAAGAUUUUACUACAGAUUUGUGUGGAAAGUCUGUUUCAACAUAAUUUAUUAAUGCUUUUUUUAUUAAUCAUCUCUAGUUAUAAUACAAUGUUGCAGUCUAAAUUGUUGUUGAAAACUCAUAAAAUUCAAUAUACAGUUGCUGGAAACAGUCCUUCUGUGUACAGAGUAAGUACUUACCAAAGUGAAGUUAGUUGAGUAUUAGUCUACUAAAAAAAUUAAUCUAGUGUUUCGUAGGGCUGCCGCACAGAAUGACGUUAGGAACAGCGUCCACGCAAAAUCCUAGUAUCCAAACGCAUUUUCUGUGAAUGUGGAGUUUUUGGAGAUAAAUCCCUGGCAUCUGCUCUGCAUGUCAUGUAUCAGUAAAUGAAUGAAAAAUAUUCAAUAAUGUGUAUUUAAAUGGUGAUGUAACGAAGCAAUCAUUUUAGUAUUGAUAUUAGUCGAUAUUCCCAAUUUUUCUGGAUUUCCUAUGUGUUUCUAACCGAUUCUCAAAAAAAGCGAUAGACAUUGGAAAAAGUACAAAUUUAUUCUUCUAGGUGUCACUCAUCUUUUCUAUUGCUGUAGGCAUUGUUUACUCGAAUUUUUUUGUAAUUUAAGGAUAUAUUUUAAUGUUGCAUUUUUUAAUUAGUUAAAGACAAUGUGGGUUGUGCUUUGCAAAAAUUUUAUGCAGCAAAAUAAUUUAUUUGUGAUAUACCAAAAAAAAAUUUUAACUAGGAAUUUUUUAUUUACAAAAAGUAUUGGAUAAGUUUUGUAUCGGUUGUAGGAUUUCUUAAGAAAAUUUAUCGGUAAUUGGAGUGGUAUCGGUUUUUUUAUCUGCAUCACCCAUCACUAUGUUUGACGUUUUUACACAACCGGGGAAGAAUAACUGGUUUCUUCUUGUAGGCAAGCUUAAAUGGGCUAUGCUGUAUUUCGUAUGUUUAAGGCUCAAUCUUACUCUAGUCAUUAUUUUUUCUUAGGAAAACCCAUACAAAUUUUACACUUUACAAUUAUGUAUUGCUCAUUGCCUGUUGUUGAUUGUAAAAAGUCACAACAUACUCGUACAUAUUCGUACUUUAAAUUUGAUGUGUGGCUAAUUGCAUUAAGGCCAAGCGAUAAAAAUUCAUUUUCAGCGUUUCUGUAGCUCAAUGAUGCAUAUGCACCUAACGUUUCAUAGUCUUUUUAAAAAAUAGCCUCAAUUUUUAAAUUGUAAAAAAAACUAUUAUUCUUAAGCCAUGAAACACUUAUUUAAGCAGGACUAAGUCCUACCGUAUUGAAACCUUUUAAAAAAAUUUGCCAGUAUUUCACAUUAUUAUUAUUAUUAUUAUUAUUCAUUCUUGAAGUACUCUCUCAUAGAAGGUUAAUAAUUUCGUACACAAAGUAUAUCCGUUUGGAUUCACUUGCAACAAGGUUUUUCGCAGAUAUAAGAAUUUCGCAAUUUUGCAACCACAAUUAUAUAAUUUAACUAGCAUACACAGAACUGCAUACCUACAUACUUAUUGUGUUGUUGAAAAUGCGUACUGUUUUUUUUCCUCUGUGUUUUGUUUGAGUCCAAGCUAUACAUUAUGCUCUUGCCUUUAUAACAUGUCAUGUUACUUAUUAAACAUGAAUAAGAUGGGUUUGAUCGAGAUGAAUUGCAAUACAAGAUAAAUAACACCGAAGAGCAUGUUCUAAAUAAUCCAUUUAAAACAGCCCACUUUUAUCUUGUUUCUCAUAUUAAUUCAUGUUUAGGUUACUAAGCCUUUUAUUUUCCCCCAAAAAAGAAAACAAAUACAGUAAACUCUCGCAAAUCCGUGGGUGUCGGGGAUUUAUGACCUUCGGAUUUUUGAAAACUUCGGAUUUUUGAAAAAUUUUCAUUAAAAUACAAAAAAAAAAUUCUAAAAGAUAAGAUGGUAGUCAAUGAACAUGUAAUACUACCACAGGACGUCAUAAUAAACAAGACACUUGAGAAGUUAACAGAAUGGUACGUAAGCAAUACCAGUAUAGUCCAUUCAUAGUAAAUGAAGCACCCGAGAAAUUUUUUUUCCUGAAAAUUUACAGCCUGACCUGAUUAAAUUUAACACACCCAUUUGUUCAAGUUGGUAGUAAAUUGUGUAAAAAGUAAUUUAAAGUCAUCUUAAAUUAAAUUAAUGGCACCCGAAGUCGCACUUUGAUGUGAAAGAGCUAGACGUAGCAAUGUGGCGUGCGCUGAAACGGGAAGCCCCUUGAUAAGGGGAAGUGAAUUUAGGAGGGGCGGGAGAGAGAAGCGAUACGUAGCUGGCAAGAGACUCAAGGCCACUCCCUCACAGACACACGGCCAGUCCAGUUAAACUAAAGAGAAACGGGAGAAAUAAAAAAAAAAUCAUUAGUUAAUUGUACACUAGAACCAUCAAAAAAUCUGAAAUUUUGGCACAAAACAAAAAUAAUCGGGGAAAAAAUGGUAAAACUCACAAUAAAAGCUUAUACAAAGCUAUUAUUUAACAUGCAGCAUAUAUUUUGUGUUGGUUUAUAGUGCACUUACUAAUGUUCGUAUAAGAAGAGAAAAAAAAUUGGACAGUCCGUUUAAAAACACGGCAGCAGUAGCUUGUGCGACGUAAGUGGGAGUGCGAGAAUCUCGUCUAGACAGGCUGGCGGCUGCAAAGGCAGCGGAUGCAUGACGUCAUACGGCUUACCUCUCCCUCCCAGACAACAAACCAUCUCUCUCCCUCUCUCCAGCCCUCUAGCCAUUUUCUGCGUGUGAAACUGUCAACAUCCUUCCUCCCCUACUCCACACUGCAUGCGACGAAAGCCAGGUUGUAUAGUCCAUUCCCGGUAAAAUGAACAUUUUUUUAAGGCCCCCCACGGCAGCCAUUUACCGUUAAUUUUUUGAUACAAUUUGUUUGUUAGUUACAGAACAUUAUUUCUGCUGGAAAAUCUCUGAAACUUCAAAAUUUCUUUAAUGGAAAAAUUUAGCAGGGCGGUUAGAGUAUUUAUUUUUACCGCAAAUGAACUAUACUCACCUUCCCUCCGGCCAGCAUUCCCGGCGUGUGACGCAUGACAACUACAGUCGUGUGCCGCGCACAGCUAGGAAACUUGUCACUGGCAACAUGUUUCACACACUGACACACGGUGCCCAGAGCUUCAGGAAAACCUACGCGAUUUCCAACCUACUCUAAAUAUCCGACUGGAGUCUGUUUACGAAAAGCAUUUAAGAAUUUGCUAAUGCCCAACUGUUUUUUUUAUAUCGGAUUAAGAGGAGUUAAAAUGGCUAAAAGGCGUGGUUUUGAAGUUUUAGGUGUAAAAAACCGUUAAAAAAUUUCUUGAAAGCACCAGAGGAAAAGGCAUUACACCUUUAUCUUUAUUUUCCCGCCAUAUAAUGUUACGGUCACCGCUCAAAUUUCACAGUUAUCUGACGGGAACGAGAUGACUGCGCGCCAGUUCAGAGCCUUUUACCGCGCUAUAAAUAUCAGUGAGCGUCGCUCUUAUCAUCCACUGAGAAUAGUGAUACAUACAUCUAAACAGUAACGAUCAUGUCACUUCGGAAAUACCCCGGAUUUCUGAGAACUUCGGAUUCUCGGGCCACGGACUGGCGAGAGUUUACUGUACUAGUUUAUUUUUAUUUGUCCCAAGUUAUUCAGAACAAGGCAUGCUUAUUACAUAUGAUUUCAUUGGAAAUAUGUAUUGUGUCAGUUCUAUACUAUUUUGGUGAAAUAGAUACUAAACAUUUUUAUUGAAUAUUAAACCUUUUUUAAUGAAAAACAAUUUAUAAAAAUUAAAACUAUAAUAUCUUGUCUGUACACAGAGGGUGCUUUCUAUAUACCUAUUUAUAGUGUAAAGAAAUCACUUUUUUUGCCUAGCACAGUAUGUUAUUUUAACUCAUUUAACUUACUACCCAAACCUGAAAGAAUUGUUUGGGCUAAUUUUUUUAAAUGAUAUUUAUCGCCUGCCAUUGACUUUGUUCAUGUUAUUCUGCAAGUAGCUCUACAUACAGAAUACAAAAUUUACUACUUGUUUUCAGUAUUAAUGUGGUAAACUCUAGAAGAGCUAAUGCAUCAGUGGUAAGCAAGUCAAGGUGUGGUAGAUGAAAGUUACGUUUGUGUGUGUGUUGUUUUCAUUUUGGUGUUGCGAAAUAAUUUAGUAGCAAAAUUCCUGAUUGUCUGUAAUGCACAUGUCUUUUGAAGCUGAUGCUUUUUGCAAGGAUGCAAGUUAUUUUACUUGGAUGUACCAGUGUUAAAACAUUUUUCCAACCCUGUUCCUUUUCAAAACUUAAUUGUGUGCAAGUUGCCCGAGUAAGUAUGGUACAUCCCGCACCAAAUGAAUUGUUUUAUCGUGACACCAUAAGCAAUAUUGUCCUCUCUGUUCAAACACCGUUUACAUAUUGUAAAUGUUUAGCCGAGUACUGCAUCGAUCCUCAUAUUGUGGUCAGUCAGUCAGUCAUUGGUUGAGUUUAUGUAAUCAAUUAUCUCCAGUUUUGAUGUUUGGUUUCGAUAGGGUCUGCGUAGUUUUAUUUCUUGUGUAUCAGGGCAAGGAGAACCAUCAAGUUUUGGUUGUUACUUGUAAUCUUGUGAACGAUUGUACUGAAUAAAAGCAUUGUUAUAAAGCUUUAA